CCAGAUUUUGGUGUCAUCGAUAUUUAGACGGUGCUUUCAUAAAUACCCGAGUCCCACAUGACCAGACUUGUUUUGGGUCUUAGUAAAUUUAUUGUUCUUAAGUUGGUACUUCAGAAAGGAAAAAUCAGCAACUAGGACACUAGAUUGAAUGUUAGUUCAGAGACGUACGUAAUUUUUUCAUUUUUAUUCCUCAAUUAACACUCGAGGUUACGCGGGACUCAGCCAUUUAUCAAGGUACUGUAGAUCCCGUUUACCGAUUGCAAAUGUUUCUAAAACCGACAUAAAAUUCGACAACUUGUCAAAAUUACAGAGAUGUCACCUCCUAUCUGGCUAUUAGAUCCCAUUUUCAUGGAUAAAAAAGUAUCAAAAUCCAACCAGCUCAGGAACUUCUCCUCUGGAAUAAACAAGAAGAACGACAAUGUCCACACAAUAUCGGAUCUUCUCGCGGAAAUGCAAGAUAUCUUGUGCGACAACGCUAAAUUGCAAAGUGAGAACACUUUAUUGAAAAAAGAAACCAACGCCCUGCGUAACAGAAACGAGGCUCUGCUUAAAGACAUGGAGGAGAACAGGGCGAAAUUUGACGAUGAUUUAAACCAAAUUCAGAAUAACAUCAAAAUGAACGAGGCGCACUUAAUCGACAACAGCAAGAAAUGUUUGCAGCAGCAGAAGAAACAAAUCGAGGAGAUAGUCCAGCUGAAAUCGGAAAACGAGCAACUACGGUUGGAAAUUUCAAAAACAAAAACCGAAAAAGAGACGUUAAAGAAAAUCGAGGAUGAAACGAAGGCAUUGCAACUGAGUUACAACACCAUUAAGAGUCAGAACGAAGAAAACGCGCAGAAAUCCAACAGAUAUAAAAAUAAAUUAAAAUACGCCAUCACUAUAAUAAACGAUCUAAACAGCAUGCUGAUACAGUACACCAAAAAACCCGUAUCGAACACCGUCGAGACCCAAACGGAGGAUCAGUUGCACUUUCAAGAAAUCCCUGUUAACCAGACCUACGCCUUUUCUCCGCAAAACGCCAACUUGGAAACGGAAAAUUUGUUGCUGAGCGAAAUUUUCUUCAGAUCGAAAUCGUUCUGCGACAACGAAUUGCUUUUCAUCAACGAAAAUGACUCGUCCCACAAUUUAGAAAAUUAAAAACACCCCCCGUUCGUAAAAAGUAACUGUAUUUUACAGUAAUGUAUGUACACUAGAAAAUGUUUAAUUCUUUUGAUGAAAAUAAA